GCAGCAGCCCCGGAGCGCAGCGCAGCUCAGCCCGAAUCGGGAGCCGUCCGUGGCAUGGCGAAGGAAGGGCAGCCGGCAGCGCUGCCUGGCCGCGGUUAGAGCGAUCGAGCGCGGCCGAUCCUUGCGGGGAGAGCGCGGUCCGCGAUGGCUUCCAAGGAGCGGCUGUACGAGCUGUGGAUGCUCUACUUCGCCAAGAAAGAUUUGUCCUACCUCCAGCAGUGGUUAGAAGCCUUUGUGGCCAAUUUCGAGAAGAUCAUCGCUGUCCAUUCUCUGGAACCAAGAAGACCUGAAGACUCCAUAUCUGAAAUUCCACUUUUACCUCUGGAUGUCUUGCAAGUGUUAACCCAACAAUUGACGUCUUCGGUGUCCCAAAUUUCAUGCGACGAGGUAGCCGAACCCGGCUUGAAACAAGCUCUCCUGCUCACCAAGUUCUUCAUCAUUAUUUGCAGGAAUCUCGAAAACGUUCAAGCUGACCGUCCACCCCUCUUUGUCCACGAGCUGAUCGUUCUGCUGUCCACCUGUUCGAAAAAGCUCAACAGCUUCCACACAGACGCCUGGCCCCACCAUCGCCAGCUGGAGAGCGUCACCCUCUACGCUCUGCACCUUUGCGAGUGUCUCUUCGAUCCCUACCAGACUUGGCGGAGGCAGCUGAGUGGGGAGAUUGUGAGUGCGAAAGAGAAGAACAAAUACAAGUUCGCACCAGCUGUGUUGCCUCCGGAGUUCAGUUCCUUUUUUGAAGAAUGUUUUGAAACGGACCGAGAGCUGCCAGAAUGCCUUCAGUUACGGCUAAUUCAUCUUUUGGGGGCUAUUCUAUCUGGAUCCAAACAAAAUGCCCUCCAGAUGAUCACCCCAUCGGCCGUCGAGGUUCUCAUGUUGGUCCUCAGGAGUUGGUGCCUUCCGGCCAGCGGGCCCACCAAGGACCCCCAGUUGCUACAGAUGACCCUCAAGAGUGUGGUGUCCAUGGUCCACAUCCUCCACACCAGCAGCCCCAGCCAACGGGCCAUAGAGAUACGAGCCAUCUUGGACAGCUUCUUCAAGGUCCUGAACGCUGACCAACCCUUGGCCUCGUUGGAAGGGUCACCCGGGCCUCAUUGGGAGGAGAAACUGAUCACACUGCGGGUGAACAUGCUGGAUGCCAUUCCGGAAAUGUUGAAUUCCGACGACCGUCCAGUCUUGCAAGCCAUGUUCCUGAGCAACAAUUGUUUUGAACACAUCAUACGAUUGAUCCAAAACAGCAAGCUCUACCUGAGCAGGGAGUGCAAAGCACCUGCAAGGGAUCUGGCCGCACGGCUGCUGACUGAGAUGGAGACCCAUCAGGUUUUUGACAACAGUUCGGACGCCAUUCCGAUUCACGCCAUUGGGGUCCUCACCUCCAUCAUGGCUACCUCUCCCGCUGCUAAGGAGGUCUUCAAAGAAAGGAUCGGCUACUCCCACCUCUACGAGGUCCUGAAGAGCCAGAGCCAGCCCACCAAGAAACUGCUGCAGGAACUGCUCAACAUGGCUGUUGAAGGGGACCACACCGCCUCCCCUCCGCGCCUCAUCCACAACGAGCAGCCGCUACUGAUCCUGACCCAGUGGAUUCCCGAGCUCACCUCCCUGGACCUCCAGAUCUUCCUUUCGGAGUGGCUGAAGAAAAUCUGCAAUGCUUCUCUCCAGAGCCGGACCACUUGCGUCCGGGCUGGCAUGGUGGGAUACCUGUUGGACACGCUGAGCGCCGCGCAGCAGAAUCUCGACCGCAAAUGCACUGAGAAUCUCGUUGACUUACUGCAAGUGCUUGGCGGUCUCUCGAUCCGUCCGGGCGAGUUACGGCAGUUGCUGAAACUCCUCCGGACCGAGAAUGGCGCAGGUUGUCACCCGUACACCGUACAAGUCGUGCGGGCUCUUUCGGGGAUGGCGCGCAAGGAGGGACCCGAGCGGGCACUGCAGUAUUUCGACCUGACACCCAGCAUGGCGGGGAUCAUGGUGCCCACCAUCCAGAAGUGGCCCGGAGUUGGCUUCGCCUUCCACGCCUGGCUGUGUCUCCUGGCCGAAGAAACCAAGGACGCUCCAGAGGAAACUGGCCGACUGAAGCGGAAACAACUGUACAGCUUCUUCACGGCCAGUGGGACCGGCUUCGAAGCCUUCUUCACCACGGAGGGCAUGUUGGUUGUGGCCGUUUGCACCAAGAAGGAGUAUAUGACGGUCGCUCUGCCAGAGAUUCCUUUCAACGACGCAGCCUGGCAUUGCGUUGACGUGGUCCACGUUGUGGGCCGCCGGCUGUUCAGUCAGAACCUGGUGAACAUUUUCGUAGAUGGUCAGCUCCAGAAAGUGGCCCAGCUGCGUUUCCCGUCCCUUGGCGAGGCCUUCACCUCUUGCUGCAUUGGUUCUGCUGGCCAUCGGACUACAACCACAUCCACGAUCUACUCGCCACCGUCUCAUUCACCAGAUCUGGAGUUUCCAACGCAUCCUUUUCUGAACCGCUCACAAUCCUUCCCAGCAUCUCUGGCUUCUCACACCUGGACGCCCAUCCCGCCCCGGGAAAGCAUGGUUUCCACCAUGAUUGCGGGGACCCAGGACACCGAGUGGGGGAUGCCCACCUCUUUGGAGGGCCAUUUGGGGUCAGUCGCUAUCUUCUACGAGGCACUCCAGCCUGCUCAGGUGAAGGCCUUCUUCAUGGCAGGACCAAAUAUCGCAUCACCAUUUAAGCCUGAUGGAGAUUUUGGGGAACUGAGUAGCAAAUUACUUUUGUACUACACACCCCAGGCCUGUAAAAGCAACAUUUGUCUGGACCUUUCUCCAAACCAUAACCUGGACGGGAGGCUGACAGGACAUCAAGUGGUGAACUGGGACGUUAAGGAUGUCAUCAACUGUGUUGGCGGGAUGGGAGCUCUGCUCCCUCUGCUGGAUCAAGUAGCAUCUCAAAGAGAAGAAAGCAAAGAGAUCCAGGAGAUACAUGAUUUGGUGGGGCCAGAGUUGACGUCUUCACGGAGUGCUCAGGGCUUACACAUUCCCCUGGGAAAAUCUUCAGAGGGCAGACUGGAGAAGAAUGGAGUGGCUGCAUUUUUACUACUGGUGAAGAACUUCCUGUGUGGUCACCAAGUUAAUCAAGAGAGUUUAAUCCAAUGUCACGGUCCGGCCAUCAUUGGAGCCUUGCUACAGAAGGUCUCCAGCCAGCUGGUGGACAUGAAUGUCCUCAUGGCCUCCCAGAUUCUGAUGGAGGCGGUGGCCUCAGAAGGACACAACCUCUUGCUUCAUCUCCUCUACCAGGCCCUCCUCUUUGACUUCCGCAUCUGGACCAACAGCGAUUUUGCCGUCCGGCUAGGACACAUCCAAUAUCUGUCCAACAUAAUUAAGGAUCACAAACAAAGGAUACGGAAGAAAUAUGGAGUGCAGUACAUCCUAGAUGCCAUCCGGACCUAUUACGGAACCUACAAGGAGAAGCCCAUUGCCACCGAUGACCUUCGGACAGUGCAAACGUCCCUCUUCAGCCUCAUCAAGGAAUUCUUCUGCAGGAACAUCUCCAGCGAUGAGAUGCAAAGCACCAUGAACUAUCUGGCAGCAGUAAAUGAUGAGAACCAGGUAUGUGGGAUACUGGAAGUGAUCCAGAGCCUGCAGAAGAGUUCCCCAUGCCAGGACCAGCUCUUCGCUUUCCUGUUUGAGCCAGGCAAUGUGGAGGUCUUCUUCUCCCUACUCAUUCAACGGAAGUUCUCGGAUGAAGUCCGGGAGAGAAUCUUCAAGAUUUUGUACAAGUUGCUGAAGUACGAGAAGAUCCACGAACGGUACAAGCAUCGCUUGAAGCUGAAGGACAUCGGCUACCAUGGCUUCAUCUCGUACCUGAACGACAUCCCGGUUUCUAUACUGUUCUUCCGGUGCCUUCUGGAACAAGUCCUUGGAGCAGAUUCCCCAAACUACAAGGAUUUGAUGGCUGUUGUUUACCUCUCCCACCGGGCAGAUCUGACGGUCAGACUGGACAUCUGCAGGAAGCUCUUCCACCUAAUUUACUCACAGCAUGACAUGGUUAAGCACCUGGCCAAGCUGGCGGGCUGGCAGGACACCCUCACCAAACUCUACGUCAAGGAGUCCUACGAGUCUCGCCAACACAGCCUGUCGAGCUCGGCCAACGGGGUAGACUUCUUGAAGCUCUCGGAGCAAUCCAGCAUAGAAAGAGGGAAAGAGCUAGUGGGCUCCACGAGUCCCUUGACCUCUGAACUGCCGGACUUGGACGUCUUCCUCCCCCUGGGCUACGAAGCUUCUGACCACGAGCUGUCAGAAGGUUUCUCGGAUCUGUCCAUGUCUCCCACCAACCAGAAGAACAAGAUCUUCCAGUCUUACGCCUUCAAAUCCUUCGACUCCUUAGAGCUCGCCAGCCAUUCUUCCUCUUCCAACAUCAUGGAGCUUCACGGGCAGGGAGAAGUCCACCCAGGAGGCCCAGCUGACCGUGUCUACCACCCGCUCUCGCCUUUCUCCAAUUCUCCCUUUGACCUCGGCUUGGAUUUGGGCAGCAGUAGCUCGGCGGCUACCUUGGAAAGUGGCAACCAUACCCCCCUCAGCCUUCCCGGGACGCCAUCUCCUCUGGAGAACUUCAAGCCAUUCCCGGGGUCAAGAGCUCGGAAGAGUUCCAGCUUGUCCAAUGUGCUGGACGAGACGAGCUAUCAAGAAACUCUGCCAAGCGAUAGCAUUUCCAACACAAGCAACCCUCAGCAAACCCCGGAAGAAGAACUGUGCAACCUACUGACCAACAUCAUCUUCUCGGUCACCUGGAGGGGCGUGGAGGGCUGGGACGACGUGGCGUGGAAAGAGCGAGGGCAGGUCUUCUCCGUCCUUACCAAGCUGGGCUCGGCCUGUGAGCUGGUCCGCCCACCUGACGAGAUCAAGCGCAGCCUUCUGGAGAUGAUGAUGGAGUCGGCCUUGACAGACCUAAAGGAGACUACCCCAGCUCUGCUGCCGAGCCUCACCCAAAACGCCUUGAAACUGCUCCAUCUGCUACAGGAUUUCUUAUUCUCAGAAGGUCACAACAACCAGGUGCUGUGGAGUGAGAAGAUUUAUGAGGGUGCCAACAGCCUGCUAGACAAGCUGGGGGUCUGGAACCACUUGGCCACGUCGGACUUGAAGGAGAUGGCCCAAAUCGGUCUGCGGGUGUUGAUUGGUUACAUCAUGUUGGAAGACGUGCAGCUGCAGUCCUUGGCCUACGUCAAGCUUCACGGUCUUCUCCAGACGGCGUCAGCCCCCAAGAAGGAACAAGCCUGUUAUCUCCUAGGCAAACUGGAGACCCAACUCCGGGCUUCUCUGCACACCAAGUCGGAGACCUUCUCCUGGCUGGUGCCCAUCAUCCGGACUUUGAUGGACCAGUGUUACAAUACUUUGCAGCUCCAGCACUACCUGCCGUCCCUGCCACCCACCAACGGCAGCCCCACCUUUUACGAGGACUUUCAGAUCUUCUGCACCCACCAGGAGUGGCUCAACUUCAUUGAGAAGCACGUACAACCAACCAUGGCUCAGUUUGAAAUGGACACAUUUGCCAAGAGCCACGACCAGAUGUCCAAUUUCUGGAACUCCUGCUACGACGCCUUGAUGAGCAGCAAUCAGAGGAGGGAGAAGGAGAAAGUUGAGAGCCGGAGGAAAUUCCAGGAGCUGAUCCUGGAGCCUGUAAUGAAACGGGCGAAAUACGAAAACAUGCGGCACACAAAUACGCUGAAGCAAAUCAACCAUCAUCACAAUACGGUCUUGCAACAAUGGCAGGCUAUACAACGGCUGCUGACUUCUCAGCGCUCCGUGUGGGCUGACCAGAAUCCACCUGAGAUCUACUGGAAGCUAUCCAGCGUGGAGAGCUACUCCCGAAUGAGACUGAAGUUGGUUCCCAAUCACCAUUAUGACCGCCACGCAGAAGCUAGCGCCUUGCGGGACAACCUUGGUGCCGAUGGCUUACACAACCCAGCGGAAUCCCUACCUUUAGCGGUGGCCAAAGAAGCCAAAGUCAGUGAGAUGCAGGACGAUCAGCUAGCAGAAGAAGACCUCUCCUUCUUGGACAAUCACCUAGAACCCAAAGAACAAAACCAGCGAGAGAAACUGCUGAUCUCGGAGGAUUGCGAACUCAUCACCGUUGUGGCGGUGAUCCCGGGGCGCCUGGAGAUCACCACCCAACAGAUCUAUUUUUACGACAGCAACAGCGAGAAAGAGGAGACCGAGGACGGUAUCGGACACGACUUCAAGCGUCCACUUGGUCAGCUCCGGGAGCUGCACCUGCGACGUUACAACCUUCGACGUUCGGCCCUGGAGUUCUUCUUCAUCGACCAGGCGAAUUAUUUCCUCAACUUCAAGAAAAUGGUGAGGAACAAGGUCUAUUCCACCAUCCUCAGCUUGCAGCUUCCCAACCAGAUUUAUCAAGGCAGCCGCUCCCCGCAGGACUUGCUCAAGGCCUCCGGACUGACUCAGAAAUGGGUCUAUAGGGAGAUCUCCAACUUUGAAUACCUCAUGCAGCUGAAUACCAUUGCAGGACGCACCUACAAUGACCUUUCUCAAUAUCCCGUGUUCCCCUGGAUCCUGCAAGAUUAUGUCUCGGAGACCCUGGAUCUCAACAACCCGGCCGUUUUCCGGGAUCUGUCCAAGCCCAUCGGGGUGGCCAAUGAGAAACAUGCCAAAGAUGUUAAAGAGAAGUACGAGAGCUUCGAAGACCCCACGGGAAUGAUUGACAAAUUCCACUAUGGCACCCACUACUCCAACGCAGCCGGUGUCAUGCACUACCUGAUCCGUACAGAGCCGUUCACCACGCUGCAUAUCCAGCUGCAGAGCGGGAGAUUUGAUUGUUCUGAUCGCCAAUUCCACUCAGUUCCUGCCGCUUGGCAGGCUCGCUUGGAGAACCCGGUGGAUGUGAAAGAAUUGAUCCCGGAAUUCUUCUACUUUACCGAUUUUCUGGAGAACCAGAAUGGUUUCGAUCUCGGCUCUCUUCAGAUAUCGAAUGAGAAAGUGGGGGACGUGGUCCUUCCCAAAUGGGCCAAAUCCCCAGAAGAUUUUAUCCACAAACACCGGCAAGCACUAGAAUCCGAGUAUGUCUCAGCCCAUCUGCAUGAAUGGAUCGACUUGAUCUUUGGCUAUAAGCAGAGGGGGCCAGCAGCUGUGGAGGCUCUGAAUGUAUUCUAUUAUUGCACUUAUGAAGGGGCAGUUGAUUUGGACGCGAUCGCAGAUGAAACGCAACGCAAGGCUUUGGAAGGCAUCAUCAGUAACUUUGGGCAGACCCCCUGCCAACUGUUGAAGGAACCUCACCCGGCUCGUUUUUCGGCUGAAAAUGCCGCCAAGAGGCUUUCUCGCCUGGAUACAUAUUCUCCGAACAUUUUUGAAAACCUGGAUCAACUCAAAUCGUUCUUCGUUGAAGGCAUCAGCGACCGGAUCCCGCUUGUCCAGGUGAUCGUGCCCAAGAGCCAGUGUCAUUCUUUCAUGACUCAGGGAUCUCCUGACAUGAUGGUCACAGUCAGUGCCAACGGGCUGCUGGGAACUCACAGCUGGUUGCCGUAUGAUAAAAACAUCUCCAAUUACUUCAGCUUCACCAAAGACUCCACCGUCUCCAACCCAAAGACGCAGCGCUACCUGUACGGCCCCUUUGCUCCGGGGGCAGAGUUGUCCUCCAAGACGUUGGUGGUCUCUCACGACGGCAAGCUCCUCUUCAGCGGAGGUCACUGGGACAACAGCUUGCGGGUCACCUCGUUGAGUAAAGGAAAAGUCGUGGGACACAUCAAUCGUCACAUUGAUGUCGUCACCUGCCUGGCCUUAGAUCUGUGCGGAAUCUACCUCAUUUCUGGAUCGCGAGACACCACCUGUCUGGUGUGGCAAGUCCUUCAGCAGGGUGGAGUGUCUUAUGGCUUGGCUUCCAAGCCAGUCCAGGUCCUCUACGGGCACGAAGAUGAAGUCCUGUGUGUUGGCAUCAGCACAGAGCUCGACAUGGCAGUCUCAGGAUCCAAGGAUGGCACCAUCCUUGUUCACACCAUCCGCCGAGGGCAGUUCAUGAAGUCGUUGAAGCCCCCGUGCGAGAGUUCCCUUCCGGUCACCAUCUCCAACCUGGUUGUAGGUCACGAGGGGCAGAUCGUGGUCCAGACGAUCGUGGGGGGAAGAGCCUCUCCCAAGGACAAAUUCGCCCUCCACCUUUACUCCGUCAAUGGGAAGCACUUGUCUUCUGUCCCUCUGGAUGAGCAGGUUACCUCGAUGUGCGUCACGGAGGACUAUGUCGUGUUGGGUACCCUUCAGUGUUCGUUGCAGAUCAGGGACCUUCAGAGGCUGCAGCCGGCAAUUCCCUCUUUGAUCAUGAAGGUCCCCAUCCACAGCGUCUCCGUGACAAAAGAGAAAAGCCACAUCUUGGUGGGUUUGGAGGACGGCAAGUUGAUCGUGGUCGGCGCAGGGCAGCCUUCGGAGGUGCGGAGGGGCCAAUUCCAUCAGCGGCUGUGGCGUUCGACACGGCGUAUCUCUCAAGUGUCUUCAGGCGAGACAGAAUAUCAUCCGACGGAGUCCAAAUAGAGGCCUCGUUUUUAACUUUCCUGUUGCCUUGUAGUUACCUCUCCGCCACAGUGGUCCCCAGGUUCUCCUAAGAGAAAGCCCACCACUGCUGCUGUCUGAUUCUCUCGUUGUGCGGCCGACGGAUCUUUGUGGCUGCAGGGAUAACCUGUGGCAACUCCCCAGAAGCGAGAACCUGCACACCUCUGGAGCAGGCUCCUAAGUGCAGUUUGUGCAGCAGAACAAUCUGGGGGGUGUUUUUUUUUGUGUGUGUGUAUGUGUGCGUGUGGUUUUCCUGAGUCCAUUUAGCUGUUCCCCACCGAUCAAUGCUAUACUACUGUUGAUUCCUGCAGAGCUUGAAACGGCAAAUGUUUGUAUUCAUUGUCUUAUACCGGAGAGCGUGAGCGAGAGAGGACGGGGUAAGGCUGCAGGAGUGUUUUCUGCCCCCUCCCACCAUGUGUCCGAGUCUGGGGAUCAUGAGUGAAGCAGUAGACACCCUAACCUCAAGACUGCGGGUGGUCUCUUGGUAGUGGCCUUAAGGAGACGUUUGUUGCACUACGUGGAAUACUGCGCCUGAAGUGGACAGCCGUUCCACUCCGUGUCCUGAGAAGGGUGAGAAGUUCACUUAAACUCCGAAGAAAGCUUUAAAGGGAAGUCGGGAAGGUCAGGAGCUCUUGAUCCUCAAGUUGGAAACCAAGAAAGUUGGACAAGGCGGGGAAACCCGUAAACGUUAACGCCAGAGGUGGGGCAGGUGGCGAAUCCUCAAAUCUUCUACGGUGUGAAAAAAGUGAGCUUUUCCCACAGGUCUGGUGCCCUUUGGUGGCUUGGUACUGAAGAACGUCCAUGGACAGUUGAUUGUUAGGGAUGUGGGAGACCCAGACAUUCGUUCGUUGGGGGCCAACUGUUUGCAACACCAUGUCCUGCGUACCUUCACGAGCAAUAAAAGACAACCUUGGUGCCCAUGGGUUACACCCAACCCUGCCUCAAGGCCUUAUGUUUCUCUGUGUCCCAAGACGAGGGGAACGCCCUGAGAGUGGACGAUGGUACCCUCAGCCAGUUGUCCUCUUCGUUCCUCGCUUUUCAACAAAAUCCACUCAAUAGACACUCCCUCAGACGUCUUAUCAUCUUCCUCUUAAGCCUCUUCUGAUAUCCACCCUUCUGGCUUUCUUCACGGAGAAGAUGGAGGAGACACCGAGAUACCAGAAACUACAUACACGUUUCAUCAUGAAGACAAAUUCAGAGCAGAUUCCACGCUGGAUAUGAGCUUUGUCCUACCUUCCCGUUCCUUGUUGCGGUUGUGUGAAGUUCUCUCCAAACUAAGACAAAGUCCUCAACUACUCCACAGUUGUCCAACUACCAGACUUCUUGGGCAGGUCAUUCCAUCUCUUCGCCCACAUGGUUGAAGAAAACUGCACUCCUGAAGGAGAACACCUCUCGCUUCGCACGUAAAACUUGUUACACCUAAAAUAAGGUGAUCCUUCAUCUACUCAUGUCUGACUUAUCGCUUUGUGUCCCACUUCUGUGGCUGUACAAAGCACAUCGGUGGUUGAAUGUUCUAGAGAAGAACAGGUAUCCGUCUCCAUCCUCACGUGGCUUCCUUCCAGGAUUACAUUGUCUUUUGUUGCUGCCUUUUUCCAAAGGGAGAACAUACUUCAUCCUCCAGGAGCAUCUCUGAAGAUCUUCUGUCUUCAGUUACCCCUAGAAAGCAAUCCCAUUGUUUCAGAUUUCAGCUUCUGUGAUUUUUAUCCUACUCUUAAUUAUUCUACUGUUUGUUGGUUGGUUCAUCCUCCUGUUAGUUAGAUGGAGAAGAGGGCAGCUGUUCUGCUUGUUUGCAGAUGAGAAAUUUGCAAAUUUCCAGAAGCUGCCUCAGAUACUGCACUCCAAAUGUGACGCGUUAGAACAAUGUUUCUCAACCUUGGCAACUUGAAGAUGUGUGAACUUCAACUCCCAGAAUUCUUAAAGCAUGCUGGCUGGGGGAUUCUGGAAGUUAGGCCACCCCUUUUUAAAGCAUACUGGUUGGGAAUUCUGGGAGUUGAGGUCCAGCCAUCUUCAACUUCCCAAGGUUGAGAAACAGUUCAAUAGAAGUUUCAGAUGGUGGGUUUUUUUACCUUUUCUGGCCCACUAAUACAUCUGCUCUUACACAGAGGGAAACUGAGGCCAGACUACGAAUGUUUUAUCAUAUUCCUUCCACUCUCUUGUUUUGUCUUUUUCUUCCCCAGGUAAGCAUUCUCUAGGACAGGGGUCUCCAACCUUGGCAACUUUAAGAAUUGUGGACUUCAACUCCCAGAGUUCUUUGCUGGCUGAGGAAUUCUGGGAGUUGAAGUCCACAAGUCUUAAAGUUGCCAAGGUUGGAGACCCCUGCUCUAGGAGACUACAAAUCCAACCAUCCCCAGCCAGUGUGUCUCCCCAAACCCAGAGAGCAAGAUCCUCAAUUGCUCCACAAAUUGUCUACCAGAUUGAAACCAUUCUUAAAUCUUUUUUUUUUCCUAAUCUCUUAUCCAUUCCAGGUCUUUUCUCUGAAAGAACAUUAUAAUAAUAAUAAUUCUGGAACAGAGACCAAUUUCCACCAAGUGCAAUAUCAGCAUUCCAAAACUUUUGUGCCCUUUUUUAAAAUUUAUUUGAAGGGGGUAAAAGUGUUAAUUUUUAGAGUUUUUCGACUCCAAGAAAAAGUAGCUGAAGUCCUUCGACCAGCGUGAAAUUUAGCACUGUUGGUGGCUGUUGGUUACACUAACUGCAGUUCUCAAAUUCCUAAGAUUGGUGGGCUAGUUUGCUUGAGAGAAUCUGAGUUAGGUGGGUUUAUUUGGGGCAGGUUUAGGCUACAGACACCCGGCUGAACGUUUUGGGGGGACUUGCAAAAAAAAAAAGUGGGGAGGCGACUCGUGUCUCUUGGUAGGGGGCGAUGUACCAGAGUGUGCUUUUUCCACAUGCGUAUUUUGUACAGUCUGUAUUGUGGUGGAACAUCCAUCAUUUUUGACCCACGGGAAGCGAAGCAAGAGAAAAGAAAGAGGUUUAAAUGAUUCUCAGCAACCUCCUAAUGUUGCAAAGACUUUAAAAAAAAAGUUGAUGUUUUUAAAAUUAAAAGAGAGCUCUGGAAUUCGACAUUAUUUUGGAUUUGUAAACAAGCAAAACUGGAUUGCGAAAAAUGCUUUAAGGUAAUGUUUUUCACUGACUGCUUGAAGGAGGUUGGGUUUCAACUCCCAGAAUUCCCCAGCCAGCAGGCUGGCUGGGGAAUUCUGGGAAUCGAAGUCCAACCAUCUUCAAGAGUCCAAGGUUAAGAAGCAUUGCUUUAAAGAUGGAUACAGGGACGGGGUGCCUUAUUUGUCCCCCAACACCCCUAAAACUUCCAUUUUGUCCCGAUCCAGAACCGAGACUCCCAAAGAGGACAAAGAUCCAUCCUCCACUUCGAUCUGAGCCAUUGUACCAGCCCAGCCUUCUCGGUUUAUGUACGGCCAUUGGGGAAAUUUGUAUUUUGCAAUGAAUAAAUUAGAAAGGAGGCGCAAAUCCUGAGCAACCAAGGGCAUUUAAAAGCUCCCCUUGCAAAUUGAGGUAGCCAUGAGUAAGGAAGGGAUUGCAACUUUUUUGGAUGUUGCCAGCGUUCUUUGUGACGUGGAAAAACAGUGUCUGGUUUUAAAAGGCCUCUGGGACAGAACAAAUCCACUUAGACUGCACUGCCUUGCGUCUUCUUUUCCUUCCAGAAAAUUUAAAAGCACAAUCUGAAUUUUUAAAUUUAGAAAAGUAAAAAUAUGCCUUAAACUUGAAUGGGACUGCUUGCCUUGAAUUUUACUGGUUUUUGCCUCGCCGAAGGAGGAUAUUCUUGUUCACCCGAGUUUAAAUAAACAGCUAAAAAAA